GCUCUACGUGCUCUGCGAGCUCUCGUCCGUGCUCCGCGCGUUCCGCGUCGACGGCUCCGGCCGCGCGCUCGGCGACGGCGCGCCCUUCUCCAGCGCGCGCGCGCUGCCGGACCCGUGCUACCCGGCCGGCGGCGGCCCGCCGGCGAGCCCGCCGUCGACGUGCGCGGCGCUCGUCGUGCACCCGUCGGGCCGGUUCGCCUUCUGCUCGAACCGCGCCGUCGGCGUCGACGGCCUCGUGACGCGCUUCGACCUCGACGCCGCGGGCGCGCCGGACGCGGCCGUCCACCUCUCGUCGGGCGGUUUGACGCCGCGUGAGCUCGCCUUCGCCGGGCCGAGCGGCGAGCUCCUCCUCGUCGCGAACCAGGACGACAACGCCAUCACCGCCUACGCCGUCGACGCCGACUCCGGCGCGCUCUCGAAGCGGGGCGCGACGCGGCAGCCCGCACCACCGACGUCGACCAUGCUCAAGAAGGAGCGCUCCGGGAGGGGCAUCGUGAACAAGGGCAAGGACCUCGACCGCCCGUCCAUCGCCGAGGAGACGAAGAACCACGUCGCCGACUCGUUCCACGUCAUUAAAAAGCACGGCUACCUCGAGAAGCUGAGCCGGGGCGCCAUGGCCGGCUACCAGAAGCGCUACUUCGUGCUCAGCGGCCCCUACCUCAAGUACUACAAGACAGACCAGCGCAAGGAGCUGUUAGCCGCCGUCGACGUGCGGCCCGUGCUCCUCGAGGUCGGCAGCGACGCGCGCAUGAAGGCCAAAACGCUCUCGCUCCGGCUGCCGCACGAGGACGCGCGCUUCGUGCUCCGCGCGGAGAGCCCCAAGGACCGCGACGCCUGGCUCCGGGCCAUCGCCGAGGUCCAGGUCGAGGCGAAGCGCGACUCGAGUGCGACCUGGGCCGACAGCGACAGCCUCAAGAUCGUCGCCGGCGGGGCCGAGGGCGCGAAGGCGGACGCGCUCCUCGCGGCCGCGCGGGCCCGGGGCCGCGCGGACCUCGAGAGCCCCCGGGCCUCCGAGGCGCGCGCGUCGACCUUCGACGGCCGCCACGUGUCGUCGCUGACGGCCGCGUCCGUCGUGCCCGUCGCGUCUUCGUGCGACACGUCGCUCCUCACGUCCGUCGCGACGGCGCCCGCGGGCCGCGCCAGCGCCGCCGAGGCCGCGGCCGCCGAGCCCAUCGACCUCCGCGACUCCCUCUCCCGCGAGCGGUCCUACUCCGCCAAGACAGCGGACGGCAAGGCGCCGCCCGCCGCGCCGGCGACGCCGCCGCCCGCGGCCCUCGGCCCGCCCUGCCUCUCCUUCUUCGGCUGCUAG